AACAAAUCCCGAAAAGUCAAGAUGACUAGAGGCUUCCUUUAUACUACAUUGCUACUACUCUCUGUAUCAUCCUGUUACUCAGUGUUUAUAGAACGUGAGAAGGCUCACCGCGUACUGCGAAAACGCGCCAAUUAUUUCUUAGAGGAAAUACAUCCCGGGAACCUGGAGCGGGAAUGUUUUGAAGAAAUGUGCUCCAGGGAAGAGGCUCGAGAAAUUUUCAAAUCUCAGGAAAAAACAACAGAGUUUUGGUAUCAUUAUAAAGACCUCAGUCCAUGUAAACUGAACCCAUGUCAGAAUGGUGGGAUCUGCCAGCAGUAUCAUUACAUCUACACAUGUCUAUGUCCACCUCGCUUCGCAGGAAGACACUGUGAAAAUGUAAGAAUUGAGUGCUGGUAUAACAAUGGCGGCUGUUUGCAAUAUUGUACAGACACAGCACGGUCACUCAGUGUGAGUUGCUCCUGUGCACAUGGAUAUUCCCUGAAUAAGGAUGGCAAGAGUUGUGACCAAUCUGCUCGUUAUCCAUGUGGUCUGACAAUAAGCUCAUCACGCUCUCUGGAGGAACCUGAGCUGGACUUGGAACCUCACAAGCUCCCUCUAAAUAACCCAGGCACCACCAUUGCCCCCUUCCAUCAAAUUAAUUUAAAUAGCAGUCUUACUAGUAAUAAUACUGAACAACCACUCAACAUGAACGAUACUGCCUGGCAGCACGGGAAGUACAAUCCUUCUAGAAAUAUCACUGAGAAUGAGAGAGUCUAUGAAGACAACACUACCAGGGCACACAGUACCAAUGUGACUGCCUGGAGACAGGAUACCAACGUAACUACAGAAACAAGACCGUCUAACGAAUCUACUUGGGUAUAUGAUGAAAAUGUCCCUGAGUCAGAUGACAGCAUAAACCUAAAUGCAGAUGCUGAUAAGAAUGAUCAGAGGGCAUCUGCUUGGACAGGGAGUAUUACAGACUUUACAGAAGAGGCUGAGGACAAUUCUACAUCUGAUGAUUUUCGGAUUGUUGGAGGGAUGCGUUGUGAGCUUGGACAUUGCCCCUGGCAGGUCCUGAUCCGAACUUCUAGAGGAAUAGAUUUCUGCGGUGGAACCCUGAUCAGCAGCCGUUGGGUACUGUCUGCUGCACAUUGCUUCGAAGGCAUUAAUCCACACCAUGUAACCAUUGGAGAUUAUGACAAGCUUCGACGAGACCAAGAUGAGCAGAAAAUUGCAGUACUGAAAUUUUUUUCCCAUCCUCACUAUCUUGGGGAGUACUAUGACCAUGACAUUGCAUUACUGUACCUGCGCAGUGCAGUCAUUCUAAAUGACUAUGCUCGACCAAUCUGCUUACCCAGCCCUGGUCUAGGACGCCUAUUAACUCAAGAGGGUGAAAUAGGGCAAGUAAGCGGAUGGGGAGCCACACGGUACAUGGGCCGUUUUAGUCGCUUUUUACUAAAAGUCAGACUACCGAUUGUCAGCCAGGAGGUUUGCAUGGCCUCCACAGACAAGGUGUUGACGGGAAACAUGUUCUGUGCGGGCUACAGCUCUGGGGCUCGGGACUCUUGCAAAGGGGACAGUGGAGGGCCCUUUGCCGUUUUUUAUCGGCACACGUGGUACCUGCUGGGAGUGGUGAGUUGGGGUGAAGGGUGUGCAUCGGAAGGAAAAUAUGGUGUCUACACAAGAGUGUCCAACUAUAUCCCAUGGAUAAAAGAGACAAUAAUGGACACAGAGGGAGCUGAGGAGCAUCUUACAUCUACAUUAUAGAUGCUGUAGUAAAAUAUUUAUGCAAACAAUCUGAGGCAAUGCAUAGGCCAAGGGUAGCUGACAUUUUUAUUAUCUACUGUAGAAGUACAGCACCCAUAAU